AUGAGGGUUGCGGAGUUGGUUCAACAGCCCGGUCGUGACCAUCUUCCGUAUCUCACUCCGUAUCCACAUGGACGGGGUCAAACAUGGUUCAACCGAUCCGGGAACGGGAUCAGCGCAUGGAUCAACCGUAUGAUGUACUCGGCCCUCGACAGUGGACAUCCGACUUUCACUCACUUCCCAACCGACAAGCAGGUUCUGUGGUUUCGUCAGUUUGCGCAAGAGUUCAACUGGAAUUCCGAUGAGACGCUCUUUAUCUAUCACCACUUCGUCCAUAAAGUAAUGGACAACUAUGGGAAGCAGAUCCACGAGUGGAAGAAGAAGUGGGAAAUCAAUAAGGUCCCAAAGUCGAUGAACGAUACGGUCUGGAAGGAGUUGUGUGCGCAUUGGGAUAAGGAGGAGACGAAAGAAACUUCUUCCACCAACUCCACCAACCGCAGGAGCGACCGUAAAGGGAAGGGCAUCUACAAGCAUAACUUGGGUGCUCAAUCUAUUGCCACUCUCGGAGAUCGCAUGGCGGAAGAAAAUGAUGGCGAGCCGGUCGAUGAUCUCGCCCUAAUGAGGAGGGCGUAUACCAACAAGAAGACCGGCCAGAUUGAUGACGGUCUUGUGAGGGACGUGGUCGACCUGGUCCAAACUCAGGUGGUAGACGAAGUGUCUCAGCUUCAAACCGAGGAUGACGCUUCGACGGCUUCGACCAACUUGUCCCGGUUUCGAAUCAACGAAAUCGUUGAAUCCUCGGUUCCAAAGAAGAAGGGACGUUUGUUCGGUUUGGGUCGUCGCACCCGGUCGGUUCCUCCUUCUUCUGCACCACCGCCCUUUGUUGAUCCAGAAGUACUUACGGCUCAGUUGAAGGACAAAGAUGAUCGAAUAUCUUUGUUGGAGACCCAGAUGGCGGCUCAACAGGCGGGCUAUGAGGCACAGAGGAGGCUGAACCAGCAAAUGAUGGAGAUGAUGCAGAGGAUGUACCCGAACGAGGUGUUCCCGGACGUGCCAGACCCGGACAACUCCCUCGGAAAAUUCCGAGGAACGGAUCCCUCGGAAUAUACCGAGGGUACAGUUCCUCGGAAUAAACCGAGGAAAAAGUCCGUCGGUAUACUCCUAUCGAUCGAUGUAUAUAUGUCCAAAAACGCAUCGAUCGAUGAACUUCCGAGGAAUUAUCCCGACGAAGUUCUACCUCGGUAUAUUCCGAGGACUUUUCCGACAAACAAGGGUUCCUCGGAAUUUCCUCGGAAAUUUAUUUCCUCGGAAUUCCGUCGGAAAAUUCCGAGGGAUUUCAGAGGAAAAAAGAAAUUCCGAGGAAUUAUUUCCGACGACGUAUUUCGUCGGAAUUGCGUCGGAAUAACGAUAUUCCGACGAAAUUCCGACGAUUUUUUCCCUCAGAAUCCUUGAUGUUUUCUUGUAGUGUGAUACCAAGACAAACGAACAAAUCAUCUAGAUUUAGACACAACUCACAGAUUAAUGUUCCAAGUUUCAAACUUUAGUAAAAGAAUUAUUGAAUUUACUCACAAUAGCUUAUGUUCCAAAGAUUUCACAGAUUGUGACUUCCUGGUGGAGACGGGAGACUUUCCAUUGGAUUUCAUGGCCGUAGCAGUAGCUUCUUCAGCGGAGGUUUUCGAUCAGGGUUGAACUGAAGAUCAUAUGAAGCACUUUAUAUAAAAGGAGGAAGAGGGGGAGGUGGAACAAAACAAUUACAAAGGAUUAAAGAGGAUAAUGGAUUGAGGAAGAUUUGUAACGCUGUGACGAUUAAGUGGAAGAGUCAGAAGAUCAAAACUUAACGCUUCCGAGACUAAAGGCUAGAUGGGCUUGAGUUGCCAUUUAAAAAUAUAUACACAGCCCAAACGAAUGACCAGUUUUGUCUUAAAGCUCUUCUGACGUGGCGAGUUAAAACUCUAUAAUUGGUGUGAAUUAUCAAUCUGACGUGGACACCCUAAAUGAUGCUCAUAUCCACACAACUGUGAUUUUUUUUUCAUAUGUUGCAGGAUCCACGCAACUUUUUCUUUUUCUUUAAUUUUUUUUUUCAGGUGGAUCCCAUCUCAGUCUUUUGUAACGAAGAUGGCUUUUUCUUUCAGAUUUUUCUUCCCAUGAUUUUUUUUUUAAUUUUUUAAAAGAAUUAUUAAUGAUUAACAUUACUAAAAUUAUGAAAACAAAAUUAAAAUUUAGAUUUAUCUUAAAUUUUUUUUAAAAAAAUAAUUAAAUAACAAAAUAAAUUAUUUCAAUACUAUUUCAAUAAAUAAACAAUUAAUUU